CCUCUCCGAGGAGCUUUUCAAAAUCCUGAAGGAGAGAUGCAGCUGACUCAGAAGGUAUUUUAGCCGGCUGAACGAGAACAAAACCUUUUGACAAUAGAAGUAUAAAAUAUAGUAUGUUACCUGGGUUACGCUAGCCCCAAAUAAGGAGUUUAAUCAUUAAGUUCCGGAAGGGUUUAUUUGAGAGGAAAUCAAAACCUUGUUUUUUUUAUGGAAGGACGGAAGGUUCUGAAACUUCCGUAACGGUCUCUCUAUAAUUCAACCAGAGAAGAGUGGAUAGGCAACCUUCGACUCAGUGGAGUUUCUGUGGGGCAGGGUGCUGUCCUAUGGGAUGGAUGACGGCCAGCAGGAUCAGUACGAGGAGCGUCUGAAGGAGGUCUUUGAGAGUUUCGACGCCACCGGCGCCGGGUCGCUGUGCCCCGAGGAGCUAUCUGACUUGUGCCAGGCCCUGCACCUGGAGGAUUCCACCCCCACACUGCUCCAUGCCCUGCUACAGAACCAGGACCCACUCACUGGCAGGGUUGGUUUUGACCAGUUCAAGAAUGCCCUGAUUGUGGUGUUAUCAACGAGCAUAGUAGCAACACCUGCGCCCAGUCAGGAGACAGCACCUGCUUCUCUAUCACCAGACUCAACAGUCCAAGCUAAGUUUAUGCGGGGUAGUAAACGCUAUGGUCGACACUCUACACCAGAGUUCAUAGACACCGUCACAGACUUCUCAGAGGUGCUCAGCUCAAACGCUACAGACCCAGAAGAUCAUGAAGACUCUACUGUGCCCAGGAAACGUGAGCGCUGGAAUGCUCAUGAAAGCGUAACGGAAGAGUACGAGGCAGAAGGCCAGCUGCACCUGUGGAACCCUGAUGAACCCUCUACCCCACGGGGCUCUAUCACACCCCUCUCAGAACACCAGGAGGAGAGGUUUCGGGAGGCCUGCGAGGAGCUGACUAUGCCUUGGGAUGGAUGUGCCAGCCACCAUGAGCUACUGGCUCUCUGUGACCACCUGGGCCUGGAGGUGACGGAGGAUGUCCUCCAGGUUCUAAGUGGUGAUGAGGUCAUGAGCGUUCAGGCGUUUACUUCCUGGGUUCUGAACCAUGCCAAGCCCCCCACCCCGUCUGCCUCCACACCUUACAGACAGCUCAAAAGACUACACUCCUCACAGCCAUUCGAUGAGACGGGCCGUAGAACCAGCGCUAUGACGAGCACCAUCGGGAUGCGUCUGUUCUCCACUCUGGACGAUGGGACAGGAUCUGCUCCUGCUGAGGACAUCCUGGAUGCCUGGAUGGAGGAGGGCAUCGAGAACAGCCCAGAGAUUCUACAGGCCUUGGAUUUUGACCUGGAGGGAAAAGUGAACCUCAGGGAGCUGACUGUGGCUCUGGAGAACGAGCUCCUCGUCACUAAGAAUGGGAUCCAUCAGGCUGCACUGGCCAGCUUCAGGGCUGAGAUCAGAUACCUACUUGAACGUGUAGAUCGGGAGCUCCGAGAGAAAGAGAAGACUCGUUCUGACCUGGACAAAGCAGAGAAGUUAAAAACCCAGCUGGCUUCUGAGGUGGACGAGCAUCACUCUGCCAUCGAGCGCAUGAAUGACCUCAACCUGAGGAAGCUGGAGCAGGAACACAGGGAGAAGCUGGUGUCUGUCCGGUCAGAGCUCAUUAAAGAGAUGGACCAGAUUCAGCAGCAGACUGGUCAGCAGAGAGAGAAACUAGAGGCAGAGAUGGAGAAGCUCAGAGACGACGAGACCUUCCUCAGAGACCACCUCUCACUCACUGUCAAGGAGAGUAGGCGUCUGGAGAUGGAGCUGCUGGACAGCACUGAGAAACUGGUAGAGGCAGAAAACCAGGUCAGCAAACUGCAGAGGAACCUGGACAACAUCCUGAAGGAAAAGUUUGGGGAUCUGGACCUGGGCAGUGCUGAGUUCUUCCUACAGGAGGAGAGUCUCAGACGGCUACGCAGUAGCUAUGAGGAACAGUGUCGGGAGCUGCAGGAUCGCAUCGAUGAGCUUCAAGCAGAGCUGCAGGAGUACCACAACCUGGGCCGCACCUCUCAGCUCUGUCUCAAACCCUCUCUCUCUGAGGACCUGGAGAGUAAGAGUCCUGGCAUGGAGUCAGACCCAGGUCUAGGCUCAGAGGAGGGCCAGCCGUUGUUCAACAUGAGCCUGGAGGCAGAGAUGAUGCUGGAGCGGCUGAAAGAGAAGCACCUCCGAGAGAUGGAGGAGCUACAGGCUCAGCUGGAGAGCAAGGUGAGUGAGUUUGACCAGAAGGUGGAUGAGCAGAAAGCAGAUCUGGAGGCCCAGAAGGUAGCCUUGUCCCUGCAGUACCUGGAGGAGAUCCAGGUGUGUGUACAUGCACUACGAGGGGAGAUGUCCAUCAUCCAGAACCGAGCCCUGGAGCUUCAGGCCCAACUAGACAAUGCUGAGGAGGAGCGGGCCGGUCUAGAGCAGAGACAGGCUGGGGUGAAGGAGAAGCAGGAGCACCAGGAGGAGGAGGUGAGCAGCCUGAGACAGGAGCUCCUGGAGUCCCGCAUCCAGAUUUCUGACCUGGAGGAGCAGCUGAAAGUCCUGGAGGCCCAACAAGCGAAGGCUGAGCUGGGCCUGGACACAGAGAUACAGGAGCUGAGGAAACUUCACGCCUUGGAACUCAACAAGCUGGACGUGCAGCACGACAACAUCCUUCAGGUCAGGCUGGAAGAAGAGAAGGGGAAUCUACAGGAGGAGCGGGAGAAGGUGGAGAGGAAACUGUUAGAGGAGUGGGAGAGGGAGAAGAUGGAGUUACAGCAGAGCCACGAGGAGGCGAUGAAGGCUAGGAUAGAGGAGGUGAGUUUGAAGUUCCAGGCAGAGCGAGAGGAGUUAGAGAUGCGACUCACAGAGGAGUGGGAGAGGGAGAAGGCUCAGCUUGAUGAGCAGAGUAACGAGUCGCUCCAGACCGUGUUAGAGGAGGAGAUGUUACGUCUAGUCAAGGAGCAGGACAGUAGGGAGAUACGGCUCACUGAGCAGUGGGAGCUGGAACAAGUUCAGCUCAAGGAGUGUCUGGAGGAGACUCUCCUCACCCGGUUGGCGGAGGAGAAGCUGAAGCAGCAGGAGGAGCAGGAGGAGGUGGAGACGAGGCUCAGGGAGGACUGGGACAGGGAGAGACUCCAGCUGGAGGAGGACUAUGAGGGGAUGCUCCAGGAGCAGCUGCAGGAGGACAGGGAGAGGCUUGCGGGAGAGAAGGAGGAGGUGGAGAAGAGGCUGGAGCAGAUGAUGGAGGAGGAGAAGGAGCGCCUGGAGGAGGCCCACAGACAGGCCGUGCAGGAACUGAGUGCCAAACACAGCGAGGAGAGGGAACAGCUCAGCGGUCUGCUGGACAAACUGCGAGAGGAUAUCGCGGAGGAAAGGAAAGAACUAGAGAGCCACUUUUCCCAGAAAAUCAGGGAGGUGGAGGCCCGGUUCUCAGGCGACCAAGACGCUGUCGCAGAGCGCUUCCAAACCGACGUUUCCAACCUGGAGAAGCACUAUCAGAGCGAGCUGAAGGCACUCACUGACAACCACGCUGAGCAGAAAACCAAAUGGGAUGCGGAAACGGAGGAAGCCCUUCAGAAAGCUGAAGAGCAGAGGAGAGUUCUGCAGGAAACCAGAGAACAAGAGCGAGAGACCAACACCCAGGACCUGGUGAAAGAGAGGGAGCUGCUAGAGAGUGUCCAUAAGGAAGAGAUGGGCGCAUUGGUUGCGAAGAACCAUGAACUCCAAAAGGAGCUGGAGAGUUUCAUCAGUUUAGCCCAGACCAAAGAGAUUGAGCUGAGUAGGCAGCUGAAUGAUCUUCACAAUAGGCUGCAGGAGAACCUGGACACUAAAGACGAGCUUCUGGCCAAGUCUGAGAAGAAAGCCCAGGAGAUCGAGCUUCUGCUUAACCAGGCCGUGGAGGACUUCAAGCAGGAGAGGGCAGAACUUCAGGGAAACCUUUCUGAAUUAGAGGUGAGGCACUCCUUGGCUGAGAAGCAGCUUGAGGAGAUGAGUGAGCUGCUCUCAGAACAUGAUAACCAGAAGUUGAAGAUCAAAGAACUGGAGAAUCUCCUGAGACAGGCAGCUGUGGACUUUCAGUUUGAGAGGCUGGAGCUACAAGAGAACAUCUCAGACCUGGAACUAAAGCUGAAGGAGAGCCGUCCUUCCUCCGACCUGCAGGACAAUGAGAAAGGAGAGCUUCUGGUUGAGAGAGACCAGCUUAGUAUUAGAAUUCAGGAAAUCGAGAAUGAGCUCAACCAACUUCUAGACUCUGCAGACAUAACAGGGGGCAAAGAAUUGGGAGAAUCAAAUGAAGUAAAUGUAGCACCACUAGGAGAGGAACAUAUAGAGGCUGCAGCUCUUGAAGAACAAGUAGGUUCAGAAAACAUUACCGUUAGUGAUGAGACAUGUGACAAUGUUGUUCCAGAGGACUGUGAAGGCCUUGACGUAGAAUAUGUAUUCCCUAUGGAGCAGGGACCAAAUGACAAAGUUGAGAUUAUUACUGUAUCACCUCACGAGAUGGAGAUUUCUGAGAACAUCAUUGCAGAAGUUUGUGAUCAAGAAAUAACUGUUACCUCAGACAGCCUGAAUGUCUUAGUAGAGGCAUCUGAAACCUGUGGUGAACAAGGACAAGAUGAUGAUGUGGAGAUGAUACCUGAAACUCCAAAUAGGUUAGAGGAAUGUCCUGAAGACACCAUAACUCUUCAUUUUGAUGGGACAUGUGAUGAAACUACUGUGGACGAUGGCCCAGACCCAGUGGUCGAAUCUGUUGCCGUUGAGGAGCAAGCACAAGAUGACAACGCUAGUGAGGGAAGGAUGAAUGCUGAAACCUCUGAAGACAUUGAGGUAUGUCCUGAAAGCAUUAUCAGUGUUGAGGCAUGCAAUGGUGAAGUCGCUGCUAUUCCAGAAGAAUGCCAAGACCUUGUUGAGGAAUCCCAAUCGUCUGAAUGCCAAUGUCAGGCUGAGGACAACAUGGACGAAGACAUUAACGAUGACAUUGUAGCAAUGUCCAUUCCAGAGGAGAAACCUCAAAGUGAUGGCAUUGAUGGAGAUGUCUGUCCCUCUGAGAUUAAGUGUGAAGACUCCUCCCCUGAUAAGAUUGGACAGAAUGAUGCUAGUGUACAAGAAACUGUUUUCGAUGAUAAGCCUGAAGAGGAGGAACUUCAAGAUGAUCUGAUUAAUGAAGAAGUGAAGAGUUAUGUGUCUCUGGUUGUCUCUUCAGCCCUAGAGGAGAUAGGUCAUGACACUGACGAUACCAAAGUGGCUUGUCUUUUCGAGGAAACUCAAGAUCUAGAGAAAAAGCCUGUGGAACUGAUUCCUCAGCUGCAGCAGAGGUGCGAAGAAGCAGUGAAUGAGCGAGAUGACUAUAUCCGUGAGAUCCUGGAGCUCCAUGAGCAAGUCAGUCAGUUGGAGAGCGAGGCCAGUCUUCUGGCUCAGCUACAGAGCCAGUAUGACACUGCCACUGAGGAGAAUCUGGCGCUACAGCAGAAGAUCUCCGAGCUUCAGCAGAAGACGGAUGCACUAGAGAGUCUUUCAGCAGAAAACGAUCAGCAAGCUUUAGAGAAAAACGGCACCCUCAAAGCUCAGGCCAACGAGAUCAAGGUGACUUCUUCAGAUAUGACCUCGCUUCAGAUCCGAUACGAGGAGUGCAUCUGUGAAAACGCCAAGCUGGAGGAACAAAACUGUCGGCUGGAGAAGAGAGUUGUGGGCCUCGAGAGCAAGAUGCACAUCAUCCAAGACUUCCAAGAUCAGCAAGUAGCGUUGGUGGACGAGAUCACCAGGAUGAGAGAGGAGAAUUGUAAGCUGACUGAGCUAGUCAGCGAGUUAGAGAGGCAGGAUGAGAUUCUCAUGGCUCUGCAGCUGGAGGCCGAGUCCGAGGAAGACGCCACCACAGAACAAGAACAAGAGUCCUUCCUGGACCUGAACUCCCAACUGGAGGCUAAGAUACAAGUGGUGUCGGAGCUGGAGGACUGCUGCACGGAGUUCGAGAAGCAGAACGCCAAGCUCCGCAGAGCCCUAACAGACCUGCAGGACAAGUCGCUGAAGAUGCAUGAAAAGAUGCAGACCCAUAGGAAUGAGGCGGGUCGUUUAGCAGAGGAGAACCUCUUACUAAGACACAAGAUCUCCGUUCUGAAAGAAGAGGACCUGAGAGAGACCCGGGAGGAGACGCUCUUGAAACUGGAGUGUUUCAGGAAGGAGAAGAUAUCUGCACAAAAGAAAGCAGAGAGUUUCAAGAGACAGAUCUCUGAGCUGCGUCUCCGCAGUCAGCAGCUGGAGGAUGAGAACGGGGUGCUGUCGGAGAAGAACGCCCAGAAUGCAGCAGGAGUGGAGGGGUUGAGCCAACAGCUGGGGGAACUGCUCAGACAGAGUGAGAGACAGGAGGCUGUCAGAGACCAGCAGCACAAUGAACCAGAGGACAACAGGACCAAGAUGGCAGUGUGUGCGUCUGCCCUGGAGGCGGAGCUAACCAACGCUGUGGAAGGGACUGUACUACUAGAGGAGGGCAAGGCCCAGCUGGUGCUACAAAUCACCACCCUCCGCGAUAAGGUGGCUAAGAUGGGGGCUGUGGAGUGCCAGCUCCCCCUCCUCCUGCAGGAACACAAGGCUUUGGAGAAACUAACCCAGGGAUUACGCAAUCAGCUUGCCAAGUCUCAGGAGAGGACUCAUGUGUUGGAUGAAAGUCUCCAGUCUGUUAACCUCCAGAACGCCCGUCUCAAGUCAGACCUCCGCGUGUCACAGCAGGAGAAGGACGCCCUCAAACAGGAAGUGAUGUCACUGCACAAACAGCUACAGAAUGCCAACGAUAAGAACCAGGUUCUGGAGAUGGCCCUGCAUUCCAGCGGAUACCAGAGCCAGCACAAGAAGUUGUACCGGGACGAGCUGGCCAGGUUGGUGGAACAGGAGCAGCAGCUGCUGAGGCAGGAGAACGAGAGGCUAACCAUGGAACUCCACAACACCAAGGACGACCUUCACCACAGCAGGGACAAGACGCGUCAGCUGGAGGCAGCCAUCUUAUCCGCGAAGCAGCAGAAACAGCAGGGCCAGUCCAGUGUGGUGAAGACUGUGGAACAGGAGAAGACUGCUCUGAAGAGAGAGCUGAACGUGAUGCAUCAGGAGCUACUCUCUGCUCAGAACAAGGUGUGUGAGGUCCAGAGAGAGCUGGAGAGUCUUCGUCAGGAGAACGAAGGUCUGAAGACCCAACAGGCCCAGCUACAGGCACGACUUCUGGAGGCCCUCCAAGUCCAGCUGGUUGGUCUGCUGCCCACAUCCCCUCGCAGGAUGCCUGGUGAGCGGAGAGAGCAACACCGCAGGGACGACCUCAACCCAGAGAACAUACAGAACGAGAGGGCGACGAUGAUGAUGAUGAUGAUGAAGAUGGAGGAACGUAUGAGGGAGAUAGAGCUGUCUCUGCAUAAUGUCAAGCUGCUGCUCAAAGAGAAGGUCUGCCAACUCAAAGAUCAGCUCCACAAGAACGGUAAAGCUGAUUCGUUGAUCAAGGACCUGUACGUGGAGAACGCCCAGCUGCUGAAGGCCUUGGAGAUGACCGAGCGGAGACAGAAAGUAUCAGAGAAGAAGAACUACCUACUGGAAGAGAAGAUCUCCAGCCUCAACAAGAUAGUCAGAGACCUGAGUCCCUCACCCCUAGCCACCAUGCCCUACCAUUUCACCUGUUCCUAAUACUACACUUUGACCCCUGACCCCAGUAGCUGGACGGAACAUGGAUCUAAUACUACACUUUGACCCCUGACCCCAGUAACUGGACGGAACAUGGAUCUAAUACUACACUUUGACCCCUCACUCCAGUAGCUGGAAGGAACAUGGAUCUAAUACUACACUUUGACCCCUCACCCCAGUAGCUGGACGGAACAUGGAUCUAAUAAUACACUUUGACCCCUGACCCCAGUAGCUGGAUGGAAUAUGGAUCUAAUACUACACUCUGACCCCUGACCCCAGUAGCUGGACGGAACAUGGAUCUAAUACUACACUCUGACCCCAGUAGCUGGACGGAACAUGGAUCUAAUACUACACUCUGACCCCUGACCCCUGUAGCUGGACGGAACAUGGAACUCGAGUGUUACAUUCAAAUUCCACCUGAGCCCCGUAACCCUCGGUCCUCUUCCCCACUUGCCCUACCACUAACAGCUGAUCCCCUAAACCCUCAGUCAUCCCUACCACUUUUAGUUGAGCCCCUUAACUCUCAGUCCUCUUCCCCCUUUGCACUACUACUAACAGCUGAGCCCCUUAACUCUCAGUCCUCCCUACUACUAACAGCUGAGCCCCUUAACCCUCAGUCCUCCCUACUACUAACAGCUGAGCCCCUUAACCCUCAGUCCUCCCUACUACUAACAGCUGAGCCCCUAAACCCUCAGUCCUCCCUACUACUAACAGCUGAGCCCCUAAACCCUCAGUCCUCCCUACUACUAACAGCUGAGCCCCUUAACCCUCAGUCCUCCCUACUACUAACAGCUGAGCCCCUUAACCCUCAGUCCUCCCUACUACUAACAGCUGAGCCCCUUAACCCUCAGUCCUUCGGUCCAGACCUCUACCUUACUGUCAUACCCAACCACCAAGACUACUGUCUAUGGUGACCUCUACCCUACUGCCAUACCCAACCACCAAGACUACUGUCUAUGGUGACCUCUAUCCUACUGUCAUACCCAACCACCAAGACUACUGUCUAUGGUGACCUCUACCCUACUGUCAUACCCAACCACCAAGACUACUGUCUAUGGUGACCUCUACCCUACUGUCAUACCCAACCACCAAGACUACGGUCUAUGGUGACCUCUACCCUACUGUCAUACCCAACCACCAAGACUACUGUCAUACCCAACCACCAAGACUACUGUCUAUGGUGACCUCUACCCUACUGUCAUACUCAACCACCAAGACUACUGUCUAUGGUGACCUCUACCCUACUGCCAUACCCAACCACCAAGACUACUGUCUAUGGUGACCUCUACCCUACUGUCAUACUCAACCACCAAGACUACUGUCUAUGGAGACCUCUACCCUACUGUCAUACCCAAACACCAAGACUACUGUCUAUGGUGACCUCCUCUACCCUACUGUCAUACCCAACCACCAAGACUACUGUCUAUGGUGACCUCUACCCUACUGCCAUACCCAACCACCAAGACUACUGUCUAUGGUGACCUCUACCCUACUGCCAUACCCAAACACCAAGACUACUGUCUAUGGUGACCUCUACCCUACUGCCAUACCCAACCACCAAGACUACUGUCUAUGGUGACCUCUACCCUACUGUCAUACCCAAACACCAAGACUACUGUCUCUGGUGACCUCUACCCUACUGCCAUACCCAACCACCAAGACUACUGUCUAUGGUGACCUCUACCCUACUGUCAUACCCAAACACCAAGACUACUGUCUCUGGUGACCUCUACCCUACUGCCAUACCCAACCACCAAGACUACUGUCUAUGGUGACCUGUACCCUACUGCCAUACCCAACCACCAAGACUACUGUCUAUGGUGACCUCUACCCUACUGCCAUACCCAACCACCAAGACUACUGGCUAUGGUGACCUGUACCCUACUGCCAUACCCAACCACCAAGACUACUGUCUAUGGUGACCUCUACCCUACUGUCAUACCCAAACACCAAGACUACUGUCUCUGGUGACCUCUACCCUACUGCCAUACCCAACCACCAAGACUACUGUCUAUGGUGACCUGUACCCUACUGCCAUACCCAACCACCAAGACUACUGUCUAUGGUGACCUCUACCCUACUGCCAUACCCAACCACCAAGACUACUGUCUAUGGUGACCUCUACCCUACUGCCAUACCCAACCACCAAAGUAGUCGCCAAAGUACCGGAGCACUAAGUUGAUCACAAAAGUUGUCACUGAUGGAAUAAACCACUGUACCAGAGAACAUUCCUGAUACUGAAGUGCACUUCAGGGUUGGGGGUCAAUUCCAUUUCAGUUACAAUCAAUUCAGGAAGUAAACCAAAUUCCAAUUCCACAUUUUCCUAAUUGAAAAGCAUUGAAGAGAUUUGGAAUGUCAGUGUACUUCCUGAAUUGAUUGGAAUUGAAAUGGAAUUGAUCCCAACCCUGAUACAAUUGGUUGUCUGAGAGAUUUUAAGCUCCCUGUUCAACACUAUGGGAAUCAAUACUGUCACUUUUCAGUUAUUAUAGCCGGAUAAAGAGGGUUUAAUAUGUGUAUUUAAAUGCACAAUAAAUGGUAUAAUCAUGUACACAAACCACUUUGUAAAUUGAAUAAACUGUGUCUGUUUUGUUACAUAUGGUUGUUAGUGUCACCAGUUUUAUGUAACAGACAGAAAGGGAAGUAUUGUGUCCAAAGUUAUGUACUUAAUUGUAUAUGAAGGACAAGACAUUUUUUAUUUUACCUUCAUUUAACAAGGCAAGUCAGUUAAGAACAAAUUCUUAUUUUCAAUGACG